CUUAGUGAUCUGGGCACCAGCCCCUCCACCCAACAGCCUUUGCUGGGUUUGCCACGGUCGAUAACGCGCCUGGCAUGAGCAGCGGAGGCGAAGGGAGCGGGACGUGCCCGGCUGCUGCUCUGAGGCGGGGCUGGGCUGGUGCCAGCGCCUCUGGCCUGCCUGGUUGCCCACAGGACCCUGCUCCGGGGGACACGGUGGCCCUUGGCAUCAGGAGCGGGAUGUCCCUGGUGGGUGCUGGAAGCCUGGGAUCCCAGGGUGAGACUGUGAUGCUCGUGCCUGUCCCGUGCCCUGACUCAGGCUCGCUCAGGUUUUGUGCCGGUGGCGCGGGACUCCCACGGGGCUGUCACGCCCGGCGUGCGUCCCGGGGACAGCGGUGACAGGGUUCAGGGACACGUCAGCCCCACACGAGACAGGUGUCUGCCCCCUGGGCAGCCAGGUGUCAAUGGGGGGGGCUGGCCCCCCAUGCAGGGCUGCUCACAGGGGACACCCCACUGCCCCUGGUCCCCAGACUGGGGCACCGAGCCAAGUGCUGGUGGCAGCAGGAGUGGUGAUACAGGGGGAGGGUUGGCCACCAUGGUGGCUAGUGAGGGACACAGCCACAUCCUUCUCCCCCAGGAUGCUUGGACCUGGAGAAAGCUAUCCCAGUCCCUGUCCCUGUUCCCACCCCCAGCCCCACACGAUCCAGUGCAUCUUUGGCUUCCGCUUCCUCUUCCUCACCUGUGCCCUGCCUGGUGGGGGUGGCUGUCAGCUGAGUCUGCCUGGCCCCUCCCUGGGCUGGGCAUGGCUAUAAAAGCCAGGGGCCAGGCAGAGGGUGGCACAGAGAGCUGGGAGCUGUUGGCAGGUGAGUCUGGGGGUGCCAGGGCUGGGCUCUGGGGGUCUCACCCAUCCAGGACUGCUGCUGGCAGGGGUAUGCUGCUGUGUCCGGGCUGCCUGUGGGAUCCUGCCCAGUUCCUGUGGGGCUUGGAGCUGGGUCUGGAUUUGACCCCUACACCCUGAGGUUUGGAUACUGCAUUUUGGGUAAGGCAAUGCCAUGGGGCAGGGCUCGGGGGCACAGCCUUGCUGUGGCACAGUGUGGGGCUCACAGAAUGGCAGAGGGGAUGGAUGGGGGCUCAGGGGACUGCACGGAGCAGUCAGAGGGGCUGUUCCCAUGGGACAUCCUGCUUCUGUGUCUGGGUGAUUCUGGAAGGGCCCUGCUGGGCAGUUGGAUGUGGGGAGUGGGACCUGCCACCAGCCAAGCAAUCCCUGGGGUGCAUGUGCCCAGCACGCAGCUGUCCAUGUCCCAGCUGCUGUGAAGUGGCAGAGAUAGUGGCCCAGGUGACACAGCCCUGAGUCAUCCCAGAGACCUCAGGUGACAAUCCAUCUCCAGCACACAGAGACAGGCACGCGGAUCAGGCAGGAUGUUCUGGGAGAGGUGUCCUAUCUCUUAACCUCCCUGUCCCCGUCCCCAGGCACGGCCACAGCAGCAGCAGCAGCAAUGGCAACGCUCUACCCCUCCUUGGAGGACAUGAAGGGCCACCAGAUCUUGCAGGCACAGGCAGCUGCUGGGGUGAGGACACCCGCCACGACGGUGGCCAGUGAGAAGCCAAAGCUUGCCCGUGGCACUGAGCCCCCCGUGCUGUACCCCAACUUGGCCGAGCUGGAGAACUAUAUGGGGCUCACUCUCUCCAGUGAAGAGAUCCAGAAGAACCUGCUCGCGGAAGGCAGCACAGCCCUGACCCCUGCCGGGCCCUCCCCGGGACAGCUGGUGGCCCCUCUGACUGGGAGCAACGCGGGGCUGCGGCGGGCAGAGAUCAAGCCGGGCGUGCGGGAGAUCCACCUCUGCAAGGACGAGCGGGGCAAGACGGGGCUGCAGCUCAAGAACGUCGACCAGGGCAUCUUCGUGCAGCUGGUGAAGGCCAACUCGCCCGCGGCGCUGGUGGGGCUGCGCUUCGGGGACCAGAUCCUGCAGAUCAAUGGCAAGAACUGCACGGGCUGGAGCAGCGACAAGGCGCAGCGGGCGCUGAAGAAGGCGGCCCCGGAGAAGAUCAUCAUGGUGGUGCGGGACAGGCCCUUCCAGCGCACGGUCACCCUGCACAAGGACAGCACCGGCCACGUCGGCGUGGUGGUCAAGAAGGGGAAAAUCGUCUCACUGGUCAAGGACAGCUCUGCUGCCCGCAACGGGCUCCUCACCCACCACUGCAUCUGUGAGGUGAACGGCCAGAAUGUCAUCGGCAUGAAGGAUAAGCAGCUCACGGAGGUGCUGGCAGGGGCCGGAAACGUGGUCACGUUGACCAUCAUCCCCACCGUGAUCUACGAGCACAUGGUGAAACGGCUGUCGGCGGGGCUGGUGAAGUCAUCCAUGGACCACUCCAUCCCUGACCUCUGAUCCCAUUGCUGCCAUCCUGCUGUCCUGUGGGGCUGGCGCCGGUGGGGCAGCCCCUGCAGCCAGGCCUGCACGCGCUCCUGGAGGGGCCACUGGAGGUACAUCUGCAGUAUCCCCUAAAGAAGCUGCUUUAGCCCCAAAACCCUCAUCCUUGCAGAGGCUGGCAGCUGCAGGGUGGCAUGGAGGACCACCAGCUUGUGGUGUCCCCUGUGUCCCCCUGGGCCUCUCCUCCCUCUCAUCAGCAGGGAUGGGGCACAUGCCUCUUCCUGUCCUGGGGUCCCUGUGUCCCCUCGUGUCCCCAGAGGCCAGCUCCAGCCAAAGCAGACACAGACCCAGCAACGUUUAUUACAUCCACCACAGACAGCGUGUACAGGACAGGGGAAACCAGAAAAUGGGGGGUGUUACAGCUUUUUCAGUUCUGUAUUUAAAAAAUAUAUUAUAUAGAUUUGUCUUUCAAAUAUAAUCGUUACAUUUA